CUCAAUGUUGUGUAAACGCCUUUAAUGUACAUCCGAUUCCCCUAAAUAAAUCAAUGUUUUUUUUUGAGUUUUCAUAAGUUUCUUUACAUAAGUUCAUUUAGUUCUUCAUUAUUAAUUUUAUCUUUUCAAAGAUGGAAUUUUAAAAUAAAAACGUGGCGAGUGGAGCAAUAAAAUUCUAUUAAAAUGGAUUUUCAAAUUUCAACGAACACUACAUUGCGGAGCUACCUAACCUUAAAAAUUCCUAUAUUGAAUCGAUCGAAAGUUAAAUUGAAAAUAACAUAUUAAGAAAAUAAAUAAAAAGAAAAAUGGUUGUCGCCGAGGAUAUUACGACAACACAAAAUUCAAACACCGACAUGAGUAAUUCAAGUUCAAAUGCAAAAUAUAAUUCUUAUGAGCAUCAACAACAACACGAGGCUAAUUUACAUAAUGAAAACCACACUAAUUUCAUUGAAAAAAAUUACCUUUUAUCUCAAAAUAAUAAAAAAAAUCCAAUAAUUAUAACAGAGGAAAAUCAUAUCAAUAUGCAAAAAAUUAACGGUUUUAAAAAGGAGAAUGACGAGAAAAAUUUCUCAACCAAUGAUCCUGAAAUGAAUCCAAUUAAUGGACAUAUUCAUGAACCACCAGAUGGUGGAGUAAGAGCAUGGGCCAUUAUGAUUGGAAGUUUUCUCAUCAAUGGAAUACUCUUCAGUGUUAUUAACAGUUAUUCUCCAAUUUAUGGAAAUUUAAAGCAAAGACUGAAUGAUGCAGGCCUUAGUGAUACAGCAGAAAAAGCCGCAAUCGUGGGCUCUCUACAACUUGGCACAACAUUUGGAAUGUCUCCUGUGGCUGGAAUUCUUACAAAAAAAAUUGGUCUCCCAGUGACAACAUUUUUAGGAGGUCUUAUUGCCUCUUUGGGAGUACUUAUAUCAGCUUUUGUGCUUGACUCGGUUGAAACUUUGUACUUGACAUAUGGAGUUAUGUUCGGAAUAGGAUCAAGUCUUGCCUACGGACCCAGUUUAAUUAUUUUAGGACAUUAUUUUAAGCGUCAUUUAGGAUUAGUAAAUGGAAUUGUUACUGCAGGAAGUUCCAUUUUUACAACUGUAAUGCCACAUUUUAUGGAUUUCAUUAUUAAGAAUUAUGGUUUAAAAACACUUAUGAUAAGCUUGGGUGCUCUUACCUGCAGUAUAAUGCCCUGCGCUUGUUUAUUUAAACCAAUCGCUCUGAAGAAUACAUGCCCAGUUGUAGAGAAACCAAAAAUUACGCACGACACAACACUUUGUGAAAAACUUAAAAAUAAAAUAAAUACGUCCGUUUUAAGAAAGAAGAAAUAUAUUAUCUGGGCUUCUGCUAUGACGAUUGCUCUUUUGGGUUAUCAUGUGCCAUAUGUUCACGUAGGGAAAUUUGUUCAAGAGAAUUUUGGUUCAGAAGAUGGAAAUUUUCCAAUCACGUGCCUUGGGAUAACAUCUGGAAUUGGACGUUUAAUUUUCGGCUACAUCGCAGAUUUACCCAGUGUCAAUAAAAUACUGUUACAACAGGUUGCUUUUACUUGUUUGGGAGGUUUAAUGAUGCUUUUAUCGGUUACAACAUCUUACUCAAUGCUAUUGAUAAUUUAUUCCGGAAUGGGAUUGUUUGAUGGAUGUUUUAUAUCACUCUUGGGUUCAAUUGCUUACGAAUUUUGUGGUCAUGAGCAUGCAACGGCUGCAAUCAGUUUGCUAUUAGGAAUGUGUGCAAUACCAGUGAUUGCUGGUUCAGCAUUUGCUGCACGUCUUUACGAUCGUACAGGUUCCUACAGUCUGACAUUUAUAAUAAGUGGUGUGCCACCAAUAAUUGCAGCUUUAAUGAUGUUCUUAACAAGAUGCGUGAAAAAUGACUCAAAUGAAAAUUCGACAGAUCCAGCCGGUGAAUCUUUAACUAAACCAAAUGGACAAACUGAUAGUACAAUGUCAACGGCCAGAACAGAAAUAAUUGCAGAAGUGAAAAAAGAUAAAGAACUUCAAGAGAUUUAAAACAAGACAUCAGAAUUCGCCACAAAGCUUGAAAGAAAACUCAAGACAAAAAUUUCAUCCAUUAUAAUUAAUAAUGUAGAUACCGUAUUUUGCUCAGUGAGUACAAAUAUGCAACAUUUUAUUAUGCACAUGUGAUACAAAACAAAGGUCUAUUUACAACUAUUUUUAAUAAUAAAUAGAAAGCAUUUUAAAAUGAAACCAAAAAUUUAUAUCCUAAAUAGAACUUUCGUAAAUUUUGUUUCGUACAAAAUUAAUUAAUAUUAUUGUAUUAAUUAGUAUUUUUUAUUUGCAAUUUGCAAUUUUAUUUUCAUCUAUAACUAUUAUUAUUAUUAUUAUUAUUAUUAUUAUUAUAUAGUAAUAAUAAUAAUAAUAAUUAUAAUAACAAUAUAUUUAUUAAAUUUGACAAAUUUUGUAACGAGCACAAAAUAUUGCAUAAUUUACAUAGUUCUACGAAAAUAAUUAGAAAGCAUAAUAAAACUUUUGUCAUAGUUCCGUGGAAAUUAUUUGUCAAGAAAGAAUUUUUUUCAAGUACUUAACUCACAUUAUAAUAUUUUAUUAUUAGUUGAUAAUUUUAUAAUUUUUUUACCCAGUAAAAU